AGCAUCAUGCUCAAGCAAUCUGUGGGAUGGACAUCAUGGAUACAAAUGUGUGAAGGGCAGGCAUGGGCAAUCAGCAAGCCAGGCAGCGCGUUUUGGCCAGCAGAGGAGGCUCAGGCACAGCCCUUCCGAUGAACGGCUCGCCCAUCUUCACUGCAGCCGUUGCUGCGCCGGACCCCGCGGCCAGCGUGGUGGUCGAGUCGGAGCAGGAUGACCGCAUUCCCGUGGUGUUCACUUGGACACACGGCGGUCAAAACGUGUUCCUGGCGGCCUCCUUCAACCAGUGGAAAGAUCAAAUCCCCAUGGUUCGCUCCGGGCAGGAGUUCUCCGUUGUCCAAGAGCUUCCCAGAGGUGUCCACCAGUACAAGUUCAUUGUGGACGACCAGUGGCGCUUUGCACCAGACCAGCCAAGAAUGCAAGAUAGCCAGGGAAACAUGAACAAUGUGCUAGACAUCUCUACGUAUCAAAGAUUUCAGGUAUCGCAGGUCGAAGACAAAGAUGUCAGCAAGUUUGGUCAGAUGAUUUCUGAUCCAAAUGACUACACUUUGGAUGCGCCUGUGGUUCCCAUGGUGUUGAGCAAGAGCACCUUUGCUGCCAUCCCAACCAGGCUGGCUCCCGGUCAGCUGAUGAACAUCCCGACGCACUGCCUCUGCGACCACGUCUACUUCCGCGAGCGCGAGGACGCGCUGGUGGUGGCAGUCACGCACCGCUACGGUCAGAAAUACUCUACCACAGUGUACGUGACGCGAAGCAACUUUGGCGAAGCCGCGGACAGGACUUCAAUCUGAUGGGACUCCCGGGCUCAGGCAACGCGCCGCAGCUCUGACGGCCGCGAAUUCACAGCUCUGACGUCCAGUUCGUUUCAAACUGCGUUUCAUGGGGCAUG